AUGGAUACAGAUCUUGUGAAAAAGUGUUUAAAUUACACACAAAAGAGAAAGAAAUGGUUAAUUUUGCUUGCAGCCUUAGGGUUUUCAACAUAUGGUGCAAUUAGGGUUUAUAACUUACCCUCUGUUGUCAAAAAGAGGGAAAGAUUCGUCAAGGUUGUUAGCGCGAUAGCCUCGAUAGCCGAAUUGCUAGGCGAAUCGGCCGAGACGUUAGGAGUGGUGUCAAAGGAUCUUAAGGAGUUUAUACAGUCGGAUUCGGAUGAAAUCCCCAAUAGUUUGAGGCAAUUGUCUAAGAUUACCAAGUCGAAUGAGGUUUCGGAGUCGAUUGUUAGUGUGACCCGCGCGUUAACGGUUGGGAUAUUGAGGGGGUAUAGGGUUGGGGCUAGGAAAGGUGAUCCGGGGGGUAAUGCGUUUGCGGAUAGGGCGUUGGAUAAGCUGUUUUCGCCGGCUGGGUCUGGUUUUGUUUCGGUUAUUGUUGGGAGUUUUGCGAAGAAUAUGGUUAUGGCGAUUGGGUAUGAGUUUAAUCGUUCGAGUAGUUCGAGUUCAAGUUCAAGUUCGGUGCAAAAGUGGGUGGAUGUGAUAGCCGAAGAAAAAUGUAAACGACUGAUCGGGGAUUGUAUUCAGCAGUUUGUGAGCACGUUGGUGACGGUUUACCUUGAUAAAACGAUGGAUGUCAACCCGUAUGACCAGAUCUUGGAGGGUUUAACGAACCCUAAACACAAUGAAAAAGUUAAAGAUUUGUUAUCAACAUUCUGCAAUGGUGCGAUAGAGACGCUUGUCAAGACUUCCCACGAAGUUAUAUCGAAUCCUAACGGGAAAGAACUGGUUUUGAACGGUGGAAUUAAAUCAAGAAAAAGCGAGAGUGAGGGGUUCGUGAGCAGGAUUUCUUCAACGUUAGCGGUUCCAAGUAACAGAAAGCUUGUGCUUGAUAUGACCGGAAGGGUGACAUUUGCAACCGUUAGAUCAUUCUUGGACUUUUUCUUGGAGCAGCUAUCAACGGGUGUGAAACGGAAGGUGGACGUUGUUCAUGAAGAAGCGGUUGACAGAGGGCGUGAAGUUUACAGGUAUGUGAGUACGAAAUCGUAUGCUGUUAUGACUAUAUGCCUUUCUGUUUGGUUGCAUGUGUUAAGCAGUCCUUGGAGUUUUGCAUCAGCGUAA